ACAGGGAAGCUGCAGAAUCCUGAAUCCGGGUCCGUCUCCGUGUUUUGCGGAACAUGCAGAGAGCGUCUCAGACCUUUCUGCUGCAGUGGAGGACUAAACACACGCACACACUCAUACACACCAUACACCAGUCCCCUCUCCUAUCCAGUCCUCCGCUUCACACACAUACCAGAGGGAGUGAGAAAAAGGGGGAAUACGCCAAAAAAAAAGGAAACCCAAAAGGUAGAGGAGCAGGGAAGCUUUGUUCCCCCCCAUGGGACUGGAUUUGGCUCAUUUCUACAUCUGUGUGUCCUUCGUUUCGCUGUCAUGAUGGGAAGAAGCAUGUGUGUGUACCAAUGACUCCGACACACGCACGGAUUCUCAGACCCCCCAUCUACCCCUUGGUCACCUUCCCGACACUUCAAUGAGGACAGAAACCUGCCUCGAACUGGGAACAUGAAGGGCUUAUCGGGCAGCCGUGGCCAGCAUCAUCAGCUCCCCUUGCCUCACACCCCGUGUGGCCUGGUGGAGUUUGAUCGACCUCAUGACAUUCAUGGCGUUCACUCGUCUGACAUCCGUCACACGUACCUGCUCAGCCCCACAGACAGCUGUGCCAUGGACUACCAGCACCACCAGCGCUACUCUCCUCGUAGCUCCAUCCACUCCGACUGCAUGAUGCUUUCACCAACAGUGCUGCAACCCACUGGCACUGCCGACCACAUCUCCAGCAGCACAUUUCCCAGAAUGCACUAUGGUUCCCAGUACUAUGACUCAGCCUCCCGAGACGACUGUGCUACCAUCACCACGUCGGCCACUUCUGCUGCUGCUGCCUCGUCAUUUGCCUCUCAUCAUGCUGUCAGCAAGAGCAAUCGCAUACCUGCCAACCUCCUGGAUCAAUUUGAGAAGCAGCUUCCAGUGCACCGCGAUGGUUUCCACACGUUGCAGUACCAGCGCACUUCCGCUUCCGAGCAGCGCAGCGAGAGUCCUGGACGAAUUCGCCACCUGGUGCACUCUGUCCAGAAACUCUUCACCAAAUCCCACUCCCUGGAGGGCUCAUCCAAGAUGAAUGGUGCUAAAGGGGAGGGUGGGGCCCACCACCACCAUCACAGUGGCCACCACUCAUCCAAACAUGGGAUCAAACGCAGCAAGAGCAAGGAACGCAAGCAUCGCUCAGGCAGCUGGUGGAGCUCUGAUGAUAACCUGGACAGCGAUGGCACUUUCCGCACUCCCAGUGGUAUAAGCCGGCAUCACGCAGGCCAUUGUAUCUCUGAAUCUGUACGCCCUCACUUUGGUGACCACUCACUCAAAACCUCCAAGAGCAGCAAUGAUGUAAAGUGCACGGCCUGUGAGAGCCUUGCCAUGCCGCCAGAAGGAAAGUUCAUGAAAAGGAGCUCCUGGUCCACGCUCACUGUCAGCCAGGCCAAAGAAGCAUACCGAAAGUCCUCCCUCAACCUGGACAAGCCCACAGUCCAUCAGGAUUUAAAGUCCUCGCUACGUGCCAGUCACUAUCUGCAGGUGCCUCAGGAUGAGUGGGGUGGUUACCCGGGAAUCGAUAAGGACGAGGAGAUCCCAUGUCGGCGGAUGCGCAGCAGCAGUUAUGUGAAAGCCAUGGGGGAUGAUGAGAGUGGUGACUCAGACACCAGUCCCAAAGUGUCGCCUCAAAAAUCUGUCCGUCCAGAUGCCCUCAUUCUCAAAUCCGCCAUCCACAGACCUCAUAUAGACAGCCAAAGCCAAGGCUACCACUUGCAAACAACGAGAGAUUUGCGUCCCCAUCCCGGUGUGUCUCUGGACCCAGCGGCCUCCUACAACCCUCCCCAAUACCGCUCUCGCAACCAGAGCUACAUGCGUGCGGUCAGCACCCUCAGUCAGGCAAGCUGCCUCAGCCAGGUGAGUGAGACUGAGGUCAAUGGCCAGUAUGAGUCAGUUUGCGAGUCCGUUUUUAGUGAAGUAGAGUCCCAGGCCAUGGAGGCCCUGGACCUUCCUGGCGCUUUCCGCACUCGAAGCCACAGUUACCUGCGUGCAAUUCAGGCUGGGUAUUCCCAAGAUGACGACUGCUUGCCUUCAAUGACAUCCUCCACUGUCACUUCAACUCUCAGAUCCACAACAGAGGGCUAUGAUGCGAUGGAAGGCACUUCUUUGUUAAAUGAGGACAUGAUAGAAGAUGAUGACGGUGCUAGCUCCUCAGCUUACCAGGAGCUUGAGCGUUUUGAGAGAGAGAAUGCUGCUCGGAGCCAUCACAGCACAAGUUCUACUGUAACAGCUAUCUCUGUGGCACCCACUUCUUCUCCACCCAUUUACCGUGUACCUGCUCCAACACCCUCCAUCCCUGAACCGCAUGUUCCUCAGGCCAUUCAGGCUUUUAAAGAAUCGGCCAACAUGGUGGCAGCCUUCAACAUGCAAUGGAAGGAAGAGAUUGCGGCCAUGCGGUUUGAGCUGGCCGAACUACGCCGGGAUGUGUGCAAUGAGCUCAAGACCUUUAAUAGCAACUUUUUUAACUUCACGCAGUGCUAUAACAUGUGGACCUUGUGCAGGGAGGCAGCGACCGGAAGCUCUACCCAAUCAAGUGAGCGAGUGUCAGUUGGGAUCCAGACUGGCAAUAAUGGUCCAGUCCGACAAAACACUGUGGAUGUCUCAGUCAUGUGCCAACCAGAACCGGCACCGUUUAACAUUUUUGAGGUGAUGAACCCUCCAAGGAUUGAGAUCACUGAGGGAACACCUGAGGGCCCAACGACCUCUAACAGCCCAACAAGCCCUGCAAGCCCGGUAAGUCCCACCGAUCUGUCAGGUCAAAGACCACUAGGGGAGACCAAGAUGGACACCAGCAGGAAGAAGAAAAGUCGUAGUCGACCAGAAGGACAGAGAAGCUCCAGUCUGGAACUCUGGUGCAGGAAGUACACUAGUGGGCCAAUGUCAUACCUGUCACUAUCAUUCUGAUCAUGCUAAUCAUGCAGGCCUAUGAAACUCGGGAAUUAAUUCCCCUCUUAACCAACCCUGCAAACAGGGGCAAGGCACUGUUUAAGUCUGCACACAUUAAGAGCCAGGGUGCAGUCCUUGUCCCUUUGCUCUAUGCAGAGAUGAUUGCUAGCUAGGCAUUUUUUUACACUGAGAUCAGGAGAAGAUGCCACACUGGUGUAUGUUAGGUUAGCUAAGCCAUCACAGAGUAAUCCAUUUUGCUGUGUUUUUUCUUCAUACAUGUAUAUGUCUCCACAGAUUUGACCCAAGAAUGUGGCAAGCAAUGCAAGGAAUGUCAUCUUCAUCCAACUGUCUUCGUAAUGCUCCGUCAUUAACCACUAAGCUUCUCAAUUGACUAAAGUAUACACAUGCUGCCCUUCUACAAUGACAUCCUGAUGAUGUGAUCUAAUCAAUGAGUUUACUAAAAAUAGCUCAUUUAGCGUGUGAAUGUUUAAUCAAGAUAACACAUUUUAACUACUCUCAAAUGCAUUGAAUUGGAAAGGUUUUGUUUUAAUUAAUAUUGUUUGGUCAAGUUAAACAUCCUAAAUGAUGUCCGUCAGAGUGCCAUCAGGAUUUCUCGUACACUACAGCACUUUGCCACUGUGGCGAUGAAGUUACUGUGGAUGAUCUUAGGUCAUAAAUCAUAAAUGAUGUAUGGUUGGGAGUUACUUAGCACAUGAGAUUUUAAAGAUCAACAGAAAUGCUUCCCUCACACUAAGCCUUUUGCUGUAAUCCUGAAGAUGAAGAUAAAUGAAGAUGAGAAAAAGAUAAGAAGAUAAGAAAUGAAGAUAAGAAAAAUAUGAAAGAUUAGAAUUAGUGUUGGGAUUAAAGUAUGUUAAUAUAAUGGAUAGGGUUUUAUUGAUGGUUGCACAUUUACUGCCCAUAUCCUAAAUUCUAACCUGGUUAGUUCAGUUUACAAUCUGAGCAUCCGCCACUCAUGUGUGGGUUAAUCCAAAUUAAGUGGGACCAAUUUUUUUUUUUCUUUUGCCAGACUAUACAACAUAGUUCAAACUUAUAUAUAAUUGGAACUAAGAAUAGAAAUUAUUACAGAUGUCAGAUUAUAUUUUGUACUUUAUAAAAGAGUAUGAUUUAUUCAAAAUGAAAUGUAGAGAUGCCUAUGAAAGUCAUUUUGAACUUCCCAAGACAUUUACGUCAUUGGGUAUAAAAUGCAUAGAUAUACCUUAUGUUGUGCAUACAAGGCUUAUGUGCACAACCCCAUAUACAUCUACUGGAGUUAUACUGUGAAUCCUCUACGUAAUAUUUAUAUAAUUUCAUUCAAAAAGAGAAACCUAUUUAUAGAAUAAAAUAAACAGUAAACUUAAAUAUAUAAUGAGAAAAACUAUGAGAAACAUUCCUUAAUAUAAAAUAUAUUUCUAUAUUUUUUUGGCUGUUCUGUUUUAUGUAGUGUGUCUAAAGUAAAGACAUUAAAAGGUAUAUUAUUUUGCAAAGGGAAAAUCAUAGUCAUGCCAAAGUAGUUGUGGAGAAGAAGGUUUUCAAGCUGUGCUUCACCAAAAACGGCUUUGUUGACUACGGACGCUUGGUUUGCUAGCACAUGAUCUCUUGGGGUACAGUAAAGUGUCUGUCUUACACACAUGCAUGUUUUACAGUCCAACAUUCAAUGCUUUUUAUUGUCUGUUGUUUUUUUCCCUUCUUACUGUUACAUGCAACAACAUUUAGGCAUUUGAGUUAAGCAGAGUGCACACUACACAAAUUUAGCCCCGAGUUCCCUGUCUCAGUGACAUCUUACUGCACACUACCACUGCAACCGCUUGUGUAUUCAGAACUGAGCAGUUCAGUGACGCAGUUUUAAAUGAUAUUUUCAAGCAUCUUUGACGUUCUUGGUGAUGAAUCAUGUAGCGUGAACACUGUUGAGAAAAAGCCAAUAUGAGUCCCAGAGGAAAUCAAAGUCAUCUGUAGACAUGUGCAGCAGAUCCCUGAAUCCAGUUUAUCAUCCAUAUAUUUGUGUGUGAGAAUGAGGGCAAAGUGCAAGCACAAUAUUUAUUCUAUUAGAAAUUAUUUGGCAUGUCAUACCCAAAAGAUUGUUAGGAACAGCAAAACUAAAAACAAACAUGACAUGAUUCCUGUUGGUGCCCAGUGUGAAAAGGUUCCCUUUUGGUUCUAUUUGCUGAAUAAAUAGUCCUGGCUGUCAGCGUCUCCCCAGCCAAUCCCUCCUCAACUUUUUCCCUUAUUCUUCUUUUCCUGGUUUCCAUACAAAAUAUUGCAGAAACAACACCACAGCCAAAGUCACAAAUGCUGCUUUCAACUUAACUCAGAAGUGGGAGGUAGGAAUUAAGAAGUAUGCAAUUUUUGACCUCGAGCUACAAUGUGAGAAAAACAUGGACAUCACCAUGUUCAUCAUUGUUAGCAAAAAUCUAUCAAGCUAGCUGUGAUGAGGGAUGUAGAGUUCAGUGACUAAACAGUGUUCUGUAUAGUCAAUGUUAUAGAUUUAACAAGUGAAUGUCUGUAUAUUGAUUGAUCUAAAGCAAAUACUAGUACAUAAGGAUACUCAUUUAAAAGUAAAGAAGUGCUACCUUGUUUUCUCUUGAUGCUGUGAGCAGACAUAUUGAUUUGUUGUCAUGUGCUCAACUCGGGAACUGUUGAAGAGACUGUCCAGAACUUCCGAGUAGGAAUUCCGCGUUAAGGGAAUUGUUUUUUUUCUAGUCAGAAUUGUUUUUUUCUAGUCAGCGGUCAGAAAUUCUGAGGUAUGAGUUUUAGUCAAACACAGCAAAUGCAGCAAACAUCCACAAAACAACUGAUCGCAAGUGAUUAAAGUCAUGUACUGUGAACAGGACAGCAAUUCACAGAUUUGGAAAGUUGUGUAGUGUGCACCUGGCUUAAGUCUAUGGACUUGGGAUGUAGCAAAGCAAUGUAAUUAAGGCCCAUCACUUUUAAAGCAUAUAUGUUUUAAACAAACCAACUGGAAGCAUUCUAUACCAAAAAGCCCAAAUAUAUUUGCUUUUGUGAGUAAUUAGCUCACUUAAAAUGCUCUGCUGAAGCAGAUUAUAAGCCUUGCUAUUGCUGUUAUAUAACCUAUCAAUAUAGUAUAAUCCAUAUUUCCCAUGGUGUUUAUUAAAAAGCAUUAAUAAUUUAAUAACACCUGAAGGCAAAACUGUUCAGUGCUGUUGAGAGGCUGCAGCACAAGGUUUGCCUCUGAAUAUAAUUUGUACAUUAAUUUGUGCCCCUGCAGUCAGAGAAGAUGCAUUAACCAAUACACAGCAUGAUAUUAAAUCUAAAUUCAGAAACCUUUUUUUUUUACAUAAACACAACACUAGCUUCCUCAGACACAUACAUUAAAACUAUUAUAAAGUACAGAAGCGAUGUGGACACACACUCCAUACAUAUAUGCAACAAUAACAACAACAGAAAUCAUUGUCAUGAUAACACAAGACCAUACUUGCAAUUCAGGCUAAAAAUAUGAUGCAUACAAACACUUGAUUGAAACAUGAUUUAUUUCUGUAGACGUUAUUUGUCCUUGUGGUUGUUCAUGCUGUUUUUAGCUAACUGCCAUUAUUGAUUCAGUUUGCACCACUUGAGCACCUAAUAUUUUUUUGGAAAUCAUGAAAUAAAUUAAUCAUAACUUUGGAACUUUGAGCUGCCGUUGUGGAAUUCUUUUUCUAUGGAAGAAAAGCAUAAUUAGCUAUAAUAGAAACAACUGAAUGUGUGUAAGGGUUUUUGCAUUUUCAUUCAUAAAAUUGAGAUUAUAUUUGGCUAAUGUUUGUUUUUUGUUUUUUUUUUGCACAUAAAUAUUUCUAAUAGUGUACUGGGGCUUAUAAAAUUGAAAAAUGGUUAAUAUGAGAGAGAGAAAGAGAGAUAGGCUUGAAAAUUGGAAAAUGUCUUAGUAAGGUGUUUCAGUGGUUCUCCAGAAUCUAAAAGUCUCUGAAACUGUACUGGAGUGAUGAUUUUUUACAAUAUUCCCUCAACUGGUGUUUUGAUGCACUGUCUAACAUGCCACUCAGGAAUCUUUCAAACAUGCUGGGUUGACUGUGAAGGCUAAGCGUAUGACUUACAGUUUCAUAGUAAUCAAAUCAUUCAAUGACUCUUCAUACCUCUGGCAGCUUGUAUAUACAUAUAUACAUAAUGUAUAUGAUGCUGUAUGUGUAUGAGUUUGAAAAUGGUGUGUACAUUGCUGACACUGUCAUGUAGGAGAGAGACCUACAAUAAUGGUAACUGGCUGUAACAGAAACACAUAAUAUGAUCAUAUGAUACAUGAAUAUGUUUUUCCAUUUCUCAUUGUUUUUUUGUGAUCUGAAUUCUUUCUUUUAGUAUAUACACUGCUGAAAUCUAUGCAGCCUGUAAAUCACUGCAAAAAAUCAGCACCACCAAGAAAUUUGACACAGUAGUAGAAGACCAUUAAUGCUGAAUUAAUAUUAAGCACUUAACUAAUAGAGACUGCCAUGUGUAUAUUUAGAACAACUGAAACUAAAAACGGAACAAUAGCCUUCGUUCUGCACCUCUGAAAUGCUAAACCAGGGAGCAGAAGUUAAAUCUAAUAUAAUUAUAUGUAUUGUUGCGCAGACUGAUUUUACAAACUUGCCAGCUCUAAAGGUUGACAGUUAGGCUUAAACAGAAUUGUUGAAUGUCGAGUAAAUAGUUGCAUUGUUUAUGGGCCAAAUGAGUGACGACAGUGCAGUUUAAAUCUUAAUGUGGUGUCAGUAACAGCUACAAAAUAUAACUGGGAUUUCCACUAUUCAUUAUUUAAGCUGUAAAAAAUUUAUUUCAUUGAUUUCUAUAAGUCUUCUUACCUCUUUGUGUUUUGGUCUCUAGGGUAAGAACGCUUUGCUCUGUGAAGCACAAAAUAAUUAAGAUUUGUAUUUCUUUGUAAUAAAUAAGAAAAUGUAAGUACUCAUAAAAAGUAUGUACAUCUCAAAAAAUAAUUUUUUUCACAGUCUAAACAGACCUUCACUUUUGAUUGCUGAGCAUCAGUUGCAAUAUAGACAUAGCAAUAUAUUAUAUAAAUUGUAAAAUUAAAGUGUAAAUGCAUGUGCUGUAAUGAUGUGCCAUGUGUCGUGAACCUCACUCGCUGUUUGAAAAUGCUGGCCCAUAGUACUCUGAUUUUUGUUAUUUAAUGUAACUGUAAUUUUUAUUUAUGUAAUUAAAUGUAACUGUAACUUUUCUUUUAUUAUGUUGUUUUAUUUAUUUUUUUAUAUUGUUUAUUUGAUUUUUUUUUUAUACUGAUUAUUCAGACAUUCUAUACCUUGUUCUUGGUUGACAGGAGUGAAACAUGACGCUGUCUUCUGCUGUUGUAGCCAUCUGCCUCAAGGUUUGACGUGUUGUGUGUUCUGAGUUGCUUUUCUGUUCACCAGGGUUGUAAUGAGUGGUUACUGUAGGUUAAACCCUGGCCAUUCUCCUCUGACCUCUCUCAUCAACAGGGCUUUUCCACCCACACAACUGCUGCUCACUGGAUGCUGUCUAUCUAUCUAUCUGUCUAUCUAUCUAUCUAUCUAUCUAUCUAUCUAGAACCAUUCUGUGUAAACUCUAGAGAAUUUUGUGUGUGAAAAUCCCAGAACAUCAGUAGUUUCUGAAAUACUCAAAUGCAAAUCUGGCACCAACAACCAAGCCAUGGUCAAAGUCAUAUUUUUCCCCAUUCUGAUGUGAUUCUGGUGUGAACAUUAACUGAAACCCUUGACUUGUAUCUGCAUAAUUGUAUGCAUUGUGCUGCUGCCACAUGAUUGGCUGAAGAAAUUUCCGAAGUUUCUCUGGUGACAUGAAACUGAAUCUAUCAGAGGAACCUUGCUUAAUAAUUUAAGUUCUGUAGAUGAUCAAAAACCGAUUGCCAUAUUAAUCUUGAUGAUAAAGGACCAGUAUUUAAUUGAGUUUGAAGUGACACUUUCAUGUUUUAUAGAAUUUUAUAAAAAUAAUUUUUCCCUAAUAGAUAUGGAACUGAACUUGUUAUACUUGCACACACCUUUCUUUGCUACCUUGUGCAUUUAAUACAUUAUAGUAAAUACUACAGUAUUAUAAAUAAUAGAGUAACUAGUAAGUUACUGACUUUUUUUUUGUAAGAAACCCUUCAAUUACUAGAUUUUCAAUGUUUUUUUAUACUAUAAUUGUACUUUUUUUUUUGCCAGACAUUUGGGAAAUGAACUUGUUUGUGUAAAAGUGCUGUAGCCAGGUCAUGAGAAGUACCAUAAUGCCAGAAUGUCUAUAUGUUUGUUGUAUGCAUUUUAUAUAUUGUUUUUCCCAAUGAUGAUCUCAUUUACCUUUCCAACUUUAUGGUUAGAAAUUAUCUGUGGCGUUUAAGUUUUGUUGCUAUUAUAUUCACAGUUAUUAGUCAUGGUUAACUGUUAUGCUAAACUAUGUCUUUAAGAUGAACAUAUCAGUGGCUAACGCCUUUUGCCUCCAAAGCAAAAUUGUUUGCCCCAAA